AAUGGCCUCUUCCCUGUGUUUUCAUCGAGUGCACUGGAAAAAUCUUCGGCUCACAGAUCAUGAACCCUGUACUCCCACUGUAUUUUGAUGACCAUUGUUGAGAUCAUUCGAAUACCGUCCCCUUUUCAAUCUAGGGAAAUUAGCGUCUACUAAGUAUGAUUCUCAAGGCAUUUUUCUCAUGUCGGGGAUGAUUCGAGAAUCAGUCUUAUGCAGAGUCCCAUGGCCGUGGUACGCUGGCAGGGGCCGACCCAUGUUGUCAUGAUAAUUGCGUUUCUUCGAAUAUUCCUUCCCCUUUUCGUGGGAAUCUCCUUUCUGGUGAUCUUGCCUUUUGUCGUGGGCCACUUCCUUGUUUACCCCCAGCUCCCGGGAUGUCUGGGCCUCUUCCAUGUUCACUUGUUUAGUGUUUGGUUACGCAGGUGCCUUUCCCAUGCCUCUAUCGCAAUCUUGUUACUCCAUACUCUGUUUGGUUAUCCAUCACCAAAUCGUCUGAGCUUCCUGCGAGGCGUGCCCGGUGUGUAUUGUCCCUGUGCAUCGUUCUCCGACAGCUUCUGUUAGAUGCUGUUACGUUUCUAAGAGUCUAUGAUUACUUUCUACUCUGGGCUUCUUGCAAUGAGCGGUGGGUGCUCAUGUGUGUGCUGUCUUAUGUCUUUCCAUCUCUACGAUAUAUAUAGUCGCGAGGGAUUGUCUCUUGGCCGAGGACGACGCAGGCAUCAUCUGGCGAUUAUCAUUAUCAUAUGAUGAUAUAUGCUAUCACAUUCAAAACGUUGAUAGGACUGUAGACGAAAUCCAUUGAAUACGUUGGGUGUGCCCGUAAGAGAGAACGUGAAUUGGGCAUUCCUACACAUCCGCG